AAAUCUUGCUUUUCAUCCCGUCGUCGGAGUGUGUUUUGCGGCGGUGUUUUCGUGACUCAUUCCGGCCAGUUUUUCUAAUCUGAUUUUCCCCGCUUUUCCGAGUGGAAUCCGGUGCACCAUUUCCACCCUAAAGUUUGCGCUGUCUUUUCUUCUGUUGCUUUCCUGCUCGCUGUUUGCACUUUCUUUGGAGCAAAGCUGUUCCGUCGUCGUUGAUACCGAACCGUUUCUGGCAGGCUGCUGCAGCUGUUCCGGCAACAGGAUGGGUUUCCAGCUGGUGAGUUCCGCCAAGGCGAACGGGGUCAUUCCGGUGCGCAAGUACCGGUCGGAGAAGACCGGGCUGACGGUGAUUGUUGGCGAGGUUGAAGGUCCCCUGGUCAACGGGUAUUUUGCUUUGGCAACGGAGGCGCACGAUGACGACGGGUUGCCACACACACUUGAGCACUUGAUUUUUCUUGGUUCGGAGAAGUACCCGUACAAGGGCAUCCUGGAUCUGGUAGCGAAUCGGUGUUUGGCUUCCGGAACGAACGCCUGGACGGACACGGACCAUACGUGCUAUACGAUGACGACCGCUGGAAGCGGUGGCUUUCUGUCGCUGCUGCCGGUCUAUUUGGACCACAUUCUGUACCCGACGUUGACCGAUUCCGGUUUCAUCACCGAAGUACACCACAUUUCCGAAGAGGGCGAAGACGGUGGAGUUGUGUACUGUGAGAUGCAGGGACGCGAAAACACCGGCGAAUCGCGGAUUCAUCUGGAGAUGCUUCGCGCGAUCUACCCGAACUGUGGCUACAGCUCGGAGACCGGCGGAAUCAUGAAGAACCUUCGGACGAGCACGGACAAUGAAAAGGUCCGCGCUUACCACGCGGGUUUCUACCGUCCGGACAAUCUUCACGUGAUCAUCACCGGUCAAAUCGAACCCGAGGACAUCUUCAAGGCGCUCGAGCCAAUCGAGGAGAAGAUCCUCGCCAAGGGCGCACUCCCGCCCUUCACCCGUCCCUGGCAAACCCCUGUAGUCCCGGUUGCCGAAUCCCAAACCCUCAAAAUCGUCUACCCCGCCGACGAAGAGGACUGCGGUCUCGUUAACGUAGCCUGGCGUGGCCCCAAAGCCACCACCCAGUACGAAGAACUGACCGCGUGUUCCGUGCUGUUGCGCUACCUCUCGGACACUUCGGUGAGCCCCCUCCAGCGAGAGUUUGUCGAAAUCGAGGACCCGUACGCGAGUCGCGUCGGGUACAACAUUGCCGAAAACGCGGAAUCUCUUCUGUACAUCUCGUUUGAGAACGUCCUGCUGGGCAAGAUUGACGCAAUCCACCCGAAGCUGCAGCAGGUUCUGGGGAAAAUUGGUACCGGCGAGGAAAAGAUCGACAUGAAACGGAUGGCCAGCGUGUUGGAGCGUUACAUCCUGGAGGCGUUGAGCAACCUGGAAAGCAAUCCGCACGACGACGUGGCUUUUCACGUGAUUGGUGAUGUGCUGUACGGGGAGGUGGAGAAGGAUUUUGAUGGUCGUUUGAACACGAACAGGUGCCUGCAAGCGUUGAAGGACAAGGACGAAGAGUUCUGGAGAUCGCUGCUGAACAAGUACCUAGUGGAGCCCAAAAGCGUCGUCGUCCAGGCCGUCCCCAGCAUCGAAGAGCAGAAGCGCUCGGCCAAGGAGGAGCAGGACCGCAUCGAGGCACAGCGAGCCGCACUCGGCGAAGAAGGCCUAGCCCAGAAAGGUCGCGAACUGGCCGAGGCCAUGACCAAGAACGAAAUCCCCCCGCCGGACGAGAUGCUGACGUCGAUUCCGGUUCCCUCGACCGACGGGAUCAAGUUCCAUCCGGUGGAGAUUUUCAAGUCUAGCGCGGGAAGGAGUCCGGCCGGGUUGACGCUGGAGAAGCUGCCGCUGUACGCCGAGGCGUACCAUCUGCACACCAACUUUUGCUACCUCAUGGUCACGAUGAACACCGAACCGGUUGAGCCGGAGCUGCGUCCGUACCUGCUGUUGCUGAUGGAACUCCUCACGGAGUCGCCCAUUCGCCGCGACGGUGAGCUGAUUCCGUACGAGGCCGUCGUAGCGGCGCUCGAGUCGGACACGAUCGAAACGGACGCCCGGCUGGGCAUCGAAACGACCAGCCGGUUCAGCCUGGGGCCGUUUGGAAACACUGCCACGCUGUGUAUGCAGGUCGUACGCGGCAAGUAUGAGAUCGGCAUUAACUGGAUCGCGGAACUGCUGCACAAGACGGAGUUUACCGCCGAGCGGGUUAAGGUUUGCGCCUCGAAGAUGGUCAAUGACGUGGCGCAGGCAAAGCGCGAGGGAAACUCGAUCGUGCGCGACCUGAUGAAGGCGAUGUAUUACGACAAGGACAGCAAUGUGCGCGUGAGUUCGCUGCUGAAGCAGCAAAAGUUUUUGGGCGAGUUGAUUAAGCUGCUGGAGGGUGGGGCUGAGGGAGCGGAGAAGGUUAUCAACCGGUUGAACAAGGUUCGGGAGAUUAUUACCAGGCCGGAGAAUCUCGGGCUGCACCUGGCCGCCGACUGGGAGGAGAUGGCCAAGCUGGAUGUUGACUUGGAGGGGCCAUGGUCGAAGCUGGUUCCGUCCGAGGGCGUUCCCAAGAAGCAAUUAACCGUCAUUCCGGAUUGGAAGCUGCACACGCCCGGUGGCAACCUGGCCAACUCCACCGGCGUGGUCCUGGGCCUGGGUAGCGUCGAGAGUGCCUUCCUGUACUCGAGCUCGAAGGCCAUCACCGACUUCAACGACGAAGAUUUGGCACCGCUGCUGCUGUUCUUGCAGUACUUGACCCAGCUGGAGGGUCCGCUGUGGCGCCAGAUCCGUGGCCAAGGAUUCUCCUACGGGUACAACAUCGUCCCACGCCCGAACGAAGGGCUCCUCUACUUUACGCUGUACCGCGCGACGAACGUGGUCGCCGCGUACAAGGAGGCCAAGUCAAUUACGGAAAAGCAACUCCAACCGAACGCCGAAUGGGACUCGACCCUGCUGGAAUCCGCCCGCAGUUCGCUCAUCUUUGAAAUUAUCGCCCGCGAAAAGAGCAUCGGCAACGUGGUGGUUCAAUCUUUCCUGUCCAGCUUCAAGCAGGUCCCGGCCGGUUACAACCAGGCUCUGGUGCAGCGCGUUGGAAAGGUGACCGAAACGGAUUUGGCCCGCGUUGGUGCCAAGUACGUGAAGGCGCUGUUCUCGUCCGAGGCGCGAACCGCUAUCGUGUGCCACCCGGACAAGGCGGCGGACAUUGCGACGGCGUUUGGCCAGCUGGGUCACAAACUCGAGGUGGAGACCAGCUUGGAGAGCAGCAUUUUGGCGUAAAGUGAUUCUCGAACAAUGGCAUUUUUUAUUUGGCUGCAUGAAUUCCUUAUUAUGAUUAGAAUGCACGCAAUUGUCCUUCGAUGUUGGUUUGAUGUAGGAGGUGUGCGAAAUGUGUUUGAAUUGUCGAGAGAGAUUUAGAACUGUGUCGAUUUGCAUUUGUGUUUGACAUCUUGAACAUGAGUAACUGAAAUAAAUAAACUUGUAGACGAAAAAAU